GCGUAACGAAACCAAGACGACCGGCCGGCAGUGCGCGCGCGGUACCAAGCAGAAGCAGCAACCCGGACGGCAAUCGAUCGAUGGCGUCGUCACGGCCGGAGACGGCGGGGGGAGCGCCGUGGAGCAAGCUGCAGGGGCAGGUGGUGCUGGUGACGGGCGCCUCCUCCGGCCUCGGCCGUGAGUUCUGCCUCGACCUGGCGCGCGCGGGCUGCCGGGUCGUCGGCGCGGCGCGCCGCGCCGACCGUCUCCGCUCCCUCUGCGACGAGAUCAACGCGGCCGCCCAAGUCCCCCUGGCGGUGGCCGUCGGGCUGGACGUCGCUGCAGGCGAGUCGUCCGUCGAGGCGGCGGUGCGGACGGCGUGGGACGCCUUCGGCCGUGUCGACGUCUUGAUUAACAACGCCGGAGUCCGAGGAGGUGUGCAUUUGGCGUUGGAUUGCUCGGAGGACGAGUGGGAUAAACUCAUGAAGACCAACCUUAGGGGAGUAUGGCUCGUGGCCAAGCAUGUGUGCAGACGCAUGCGUGACGCCAAGCUGAAGGGCUCAGUAAUAAACAUUUCGUCCACUUCCGGUCUUGAUGGUGGGAUGACACAUGGCUCCGUGGCUUACUCGGCGUCCAAGUCUGCCGUGCACUCCGUCACAAAGGUAAUGGCAUUGGAAUUAGGAGCACAUGGCAUUCGGGUGAACACGAUUGCGCCCGGAAUCUUCAAGUCGGAGAUAACUGCUCCCUUACUGCAAAAGAGAUGGGUGAACGAUGUCUUUUCAAAGAUCCUGCCACUCAAGACAAUCGGCACUCCUGACCCAGCGUUGACGUCGCUGGUUCGUUUCCUGAUCCAUGAAACAUCAUCAUAUAUAAGUGGUAACAUCUUUGUUGUAGAUUCAGGCCUCAUCCUACCUGGUGUCCCUAUAUUCUCAUCUCUGUAAUUUGAUUGCUAGCUCGACCUUUUCUCUACAGUCGAUUUGUGGUAUUCCAUCAAUUAUUGUCCUUUCUUUGCUACCAUUCGCUAGUCCGACAUAUGUAUCAAUGUUCAUGUAUCUGAGCUCAUCGUUGCUUAAAAUAAAGUUGCUGUUUUCA